AUGGGUAAAUCUAACGGGCCACGGUCAUCGGGGAUGGAUUACAAGCCGGCGAACAAGCUGAAAAGACAGCAGCUUCACAUCAAGCGCAAACAGACCAAGGACGCAGAAACAAGGGCAUUCCGCUUUGCCAGACGAAAAGAAGAGGCAAAGAACCCUCAAUUAAAAGCCGAGAGAUUGAAGAGAAAUGUCCCCCUGACGCUGGAAAGGAAACGAGUGUGGGAUGAUGCCGGUAGCGACGUCGAAGACGGGUUGGGCCUGAGUUUUGACGUGGAGAGGAUAAAGCGACGAAAGCAGGAAGCAGAGGAAGAACAGAAGGAUGAAGAUUUGAUACCCGAAGAUAAGGAAGGCAGUGAAGAAGGAGAUGAUGGCUCGGACGACGUGGACAGCAUGGUCGAUUUUGACAGCGACGAUGAAGACGAGCAGGAGAAAGAAGACAGACUGAGCGACAAAGACAGGAGGAAGAACAGAGUACCAUCCGCUACAGAACGAGCAACAAGCCCUACGCAGUCGACUCGAAGUACAAAUAUCGAUCUUGCUCCCGAUGCGCUCGCAGCGAAAUUCCCCAGUCUGUUUCCAACAGAAGCUCCUCCGCCACCAAAGAUUCUGAUCACAACCUCGCUUAACUCCACCCUACACAAGGAAGCCAAAGUUCUGACCGAGUUCUUCCCGAGCAGUGUUUAUAUCCGCCGCUCGGCGCAUAGAUAUGGUCACAAAUUCUCGGUACGAGAGAUAUCAGCAUUUGCUGCGAAUAGAAAUUAUACUGCCGUUGUGGUCGUAGAGGAAGACCUCAAGCGCGUCUCCGGCCUGACGAUAGUACAUCUCCCGGUUGGACCGACAUUCCACUUCUCUAUCAGCAACUGGAUAGAAGGCAAGAAGCUCCCUGGCCACGGAAACCCUACCAACCACUGGCCUGAACUUAUACUGAAUAACUUCCGGACCCCUCUUGGUUUAUUAACCGCCCAUCUUUUCCGCACCUUAUUCCCACCUCAGCCAGAGUUUCAGGGAAGACAGGUGGUUACUUUGCACAACCAGCGUGAUUAUAUAUUUGUUAGGCGGCAUCGAUAUGUGUUUCGCGACAAACGAGAGACCGAGAAAUGUGUCGUUGAUGCAAACGGAGUCGAGAUGAAGGGUGUGGAAGGAAUCCGUGCUGGUCUACAAGAGCUUGGUCCACGGUUUACAUUAAAACUACGAAGAAUUGAUAAAGGUAUCCAGAGGAAGAGUGGCCAGGACUGGGAGUGGAAGGGCCGCAUGGAAAAAGUCCGGACGAAGUUCCAGCUCUAG